AGUGUUCGGUUUGGACCCAUACUGCGCGUGCGCAAUGAUAGGAGUCCUUGGCUGCUCGGCCUGCUGUAGGUUACGGAUCCAGUGAGAGUACACCGACAGAAUGCAGAGCUGGACACAGUUAUACCGCUCCCUGGCCACGCGGAGCCACCACCUGCCCUGCAAAGUGCACGGAGCUGCAGCGCUGUCUGUUCGGACCUACGCUGACAAAGCAGCAAUUGAUGCAGACGUCACAGUGGUGGGCUCCGGUCCAGGAGGCUACGUCGCUGCAAUCAAAGCUGCACAGCUCGGCUUCAAGACAGUGUGUGUCGAGAAAAAUCUCACACUCGGCGGGACUUGUCUCAAUGUCGGCUGCAUCCCCUCGAAGGCUCUGCUGAACAACUCCUACUUGUACCACUUGGCUCAUGGGAAGGACUUUGAAAGCAGAGGCAUCGAAAUUUCGGGCAUCUCGUUGAACCUGGAGAAGAUGAUGGCUCAGAAGAGUGGGGCGGUCAAAGCGUUGACUGGAGGAAUCGCACAUUUAUUCAAACAGAACAAAGUUACUCACGUUAGUGGUUUUGGAAGGUUAACCGGGAAGAACCAAGUGACCGCCACAACAGCUGAUGGUACAGAGCAGGUCAUCAACACCAAGAACAUCCUCAUCGCCACAGGCUCAGAGGUCACGCCCUUUCCAGGCAUCCAGAUUGAUGAAGAGACCGUCGUGUCAUCGACAGGAGCUCUUUCCCUGAAGAAAGUACCAGAGGAGCUGAUUGUGAUCGGAGCUGGAGUCAUCGGGGUGGAGCUGGGGUCAGUGUGGCAGCGUCUGGGUGCCAACGUCACAGCGGUGGAGUUCCUGGGCCACGUGGGUGGUAUGGGCAUCGACAUGGAGAUCUCCAAGAACUUCCAGCGCAUCCUGCAGAAGCAGGGCCUCAAAUUCAAGCUCGGCACCAAAGUCAUGGGAGCAACCAAGAGGCCCGAUGGCAAGAUCGAUGUGGCGGUGGAGGCGGCAGCUGGAGGGAAGAGCGAGACUCUGACAUGUGACGUGCUGCUGGUCUGCAUCGGCAGACGACCUUUCACCCAGAACCUGGGCCUAGACGUUUAUGCAAUCGGUGACGUGGUUGCCGGGCCGAUGUUGGCCCACAAGGCCGAGGACGAGGGCAUCAUCUGCGUGGAGGGCAUGGCGGGGGGCGCUGUGCACAUCGACUAUAACUGCGUCCCUUCAGUCAUCUACACGCACCCCGAGGUGGCCUGGGUGGGCAAGAGCGAGGAGCAGCUCAAAGAGGAGGGUGUCCCGUUUAAAGUCGGCAAAUUCCCCUUUGCAGCCAACAGCCGAGCCAAAACCAACGCCGACACCGACGGCCUGGUGAAGAUCCUUAGCCACAAGGAGACCGACAGGAUGCUGGGAGCUCACAUCCUCGGAUCUGGCGCAGGAGAGAUGAUCAAUGAAGCUGCUUUGGCCAUGGAGUACGGCGCCUCCUGCGAGGAUGUCGCCAGAGUCUGCCACGCCCAUCCGACGGUGUCCGAGGCGUUCAGAGAAGCCAACUUGGCCGCCUCCUUCGGCAAAGCCAUCAACUUCUGAGCCGCUAGCCGCUGUCGCACCUUCAGCGGACAUGACGGCGGAGAAACAGAAAAGCUGCGUGUCUGCUUCAAAAACCUUCUGACUUUGACCCACCUGGGAUCCUCGGUGUUCAUCCAGACUGUACCAGUUUAGCUCUAACGUUAUUUAAAUGUUCAAUAAAAUCAUAAACGGGUGGUUUGGUGGGUAAAUAAACACUGACUGCUGUCAGGCUUUUUGUUUUCCACACGUAGUUUAAAAGCUUUCAGCAGAGAUGCACUCAUUAGCAGGUCAGAGAGAGAUAUGAAUAUUAUUUUGGCUGUUUUGUUUGUGCAGGCAGGCGAGGAUGUCUGUUGUUUUACAACAUGGAGGAAUUUAACAAAUCUGAUGGGUAAUCAGCAGGAAACUGGAGCUGCUCGAAGAUUCACAUCUGCAUGUUUUCAAUUUUAAGAUGGAUUUCUGGCUCGUCGCAAAUCGGUGACAUCAUAGCCGGUGCAGUGGUUGUUAAGUUUAUAUUUCUUUCAUGUUCACUCCGACUGAUGUCACAGAUUUGUGCAGAAACAGAUGUGUGAUAAGAAUGAAUGUGUGUAACUAAAGUACUGAAGGACUCUUUUAGGUCAACAUCAGCUCACAUUUGGAGGGGAGCUGUUGAUAGUUGCCGGGUGACUGUUUCUUACUCAAAUUACUCUGCUGGGAUUCGUUCUGGCCUGUAUCUCACAAUCUCAACCAAUAAAGGCAGUUAAAUCAGA